AUGUGCUCGAAGAUAAUCGGCUUCACUUCGACGCUAUUAACAGCAGUAACCCCAUUCCCCCAACGCAAAUGGCACUGGCAAAACGGCACCAACAUUCUCCUCCUCCCAGGUAAGAGCGCCUACAAGCACGUGCCACACCGCGAGAAGCCGCCUCACCUGGUGGCCCGACGCAACGCUAGGGAGCGCCGGAGGGUUCAGUCCGUCAACGUCGCCUUCGCCAGACUACGCAGGGUCGUCCCGGGCACGAGCGGAAGGAGCAAGCGCGUGAGCAAAGUGAAGAUCCUUCAGGGCGCCAUAGACUACAUCUACCACCUCCAGGACCUGUUGGAGGAAGACUCCGUCCCUUUCUCCAACAAUAACUGCUCCUCCCUCCACCAUGAGAGCGAUUUCGGCGUCAGGAGCGCGUGCAGUCUCCGCCACUCGGACAACGGGGCUGGCGUGGAUGGGGCGGGGGAGGGAGACGGAGGGAGGGAGGGGGAAGGUCCUGCAGGAGGGCCCCAGGACGACUCUCCCCAGCGGCCGGUCCUGCAGGAGAGCCAAAGUCAGGAUUCCAUCAGUUCCUUCCUCAGUUACGGCAGCGACGGGGCGGAGGGAAGCGGCUGGUCUGACGCUGAGGUAAGAUUCAUCAUUUUAUCCUCAGGAAGAAACAAGUGAAGAU